AUGGAACCCAGACGAGAUUUCCGAUAUAAUCCCUGGAAUUUUGACCCAGAACAAGCUAAUCCUGAAGACUUUGACGAUGGAAAACUCGCCGGAGUCGAUUGGUCCAACCCCAAGAGCUUCCUCGAUGCAAUGGGAAUUGAAGGUCCAGUUCCCAAAAUGCCCACAGCAGCGGAAGUUCGACGUGAGGCCGAGGGAAACUCUCGCGAGAUCUUUGCUGCGUACGACACUCUGAGCAAAAUCAUUCAGCGCCAUGAGGCCACGAUCCAAAAGAGAUGGUCCAAGAAGACAAGACAGCAGAGACUGCAGAUUCUUCUCAACGCUUGGCCAGGAAUGCCAGCCUCCCACCGUCCAGACUUUGAAGCCGUGCGAAAAGAGUCCAAGGAGCAAAGAGAGAGAGGUACCAGAUACAAGGACCACUUCAUGUGGCCCUAUAUCAACCAGGAGGAUCUCACCCAACCGAAAGUGAUGUCGCUACUCCUCAAUUCGAGAGGGCGUCAUCCUCCCCCCACGUUCGCUGCGGCAGACAACGCCUCCGUGCAUCUCGGUAUUGCUUCCAGAGCAUUGGUUCCCAUCUUUCUCAACAAUCAUGUCAUGGUUCUCAACGGGGCUACUACAGUCGAAGGGUAUGGGAAACUGGUCGCGUGGGAGGAUCAUCCUGAUGCCUUUGAGUGGAUGCACACCCGAAAGCAGUUCCUCCCGGGAGAGGGACUUGUUAUUCUCGAGGUGCAAGCUCGCCUAAUGAAAUUUCUUGUCGACUGUUGUCAUGAGAUCCUCCACGAGAUCCCGGCAGCCGAGUUGAUCAGCGAUGCAUAUCCCGUUCAGCCAGAGCCUCCCCUCAAGACAGACAACGAUACAUCAGGUUUCGCAAAUCUGGCGGCGAUGGCCGCAGAAGCUCCGUAUAGAGUCCCGGUUCGUCUUGACCUGGCGAGGGUAGAAUCUCUCCUCGAGGCCAAGAAGUCGGCAGCAGAGGAUCACGUCUGGGCACUUCGUGAGGAUCCCGCGUACUUUGCUCAGGAGUUCCUAGAGGUCAAGGACCACCGACAAGAGAUGCUCAAAGACAGCCAAGGACGCUCGCACCCUGUGACCAACAAACUGCGGGAACAUCUUCUCUGGGCUAGGGUCACUGGGACCAUGCUCACCGAUGCCUACAUCAGCCUUGAGGCCUUUACUGAGCUUCACCGACAAGCUCAGCAUCUUCGCAACCUACAGGACAAGUACAAGGCAGAAAUAUCUCCCGAAAAGGACUUGCCAGAAGAAUACAUGGUCACUUUGCUGCGGUUCAGGUACUUUCUCGAGACGACGGCAAAGAGCCCGUUGGAGAGGCUCAAGAUGGUGGUCGCCUCUUCGCCGCCAAUGCACAAGUUCUUUGUUCGCGACCCCCCAACUGAUCUCAGCUCGACAAACAUAGUGCUUCGUAAGAGGGCUGAAGCCAAGAAGAGCAAGGCCGAGGAGCAUCUGAUCUGGCUCCUGCAGAACUUGUGGGAAGACGAGUAUAACCUCUUCCUGAUUGGUCUACCUCACAUCAUGGAUGAGCUCGAGCGCCUGCUACAGGCGAGCCCUGAGGCGGAUGUGCUGGUAUCAGCCCAUGUGAUCAAGAUCCUCGGUGAUCUGUCCAUCAUGGCUCAGUGCUUAAGGCAACUUGAGCUCUACCAGCCAUGGGCUCAGACAUUUGAAACCGUAUCCCUGGAUCAUGCGGAUAACUUCAAAGCCGAACAUGCACAGUGGGGGCAGCCCUGGAAACAGUUUCUCCCCGCCACCAGGGAGCAGAACUUGGCCAGUGUUGGGAGACUCGCUGAGCCUUCUGGUGGCAAGUUUUCUUACCCCUUUGACAAGCGCCGCACGAAGGAGACGGUGGAUGCGUUGCGGAGAGCAGAGGCCAACCUGGAUGCCGUUUGGGACAAGAUUGAUGACCACUUGCGAUCUAAGGCGCCGGAGCUGCAAGGAGCAGCUUUAAAUCGCUUCCUUUCGAAGCCGCGCAUGCUCCGGAGAACUGCAGAAUGGGUUGAACCGACAGCGCCGACGAAAGACAAGAAGGUCGCGGAUCCUGACCUUGACACCUUGAACCGACCGCUUUCAAAUGUGUUUUUGGGUCAUUCAGAGGAUAAAGUACAGGGGUCAAAGGCCCAACAAAAGGUCAAGACCAAAACCAAGGGCGUCUCAUCGGUAAAACCAGCCGCGGCACCUGAGGCUCCUGAACCAGAGAACCCGGAUCCUCAACCAACACUCUACGUGGAUGCUAGAACGCUCAAAGUAUUCCGCACCCUAUUUUUCAACCCCGAGGUAAACUCGACUCCCGGCUCAGUCCUGUGGAACGACUUCCUCCACGCGAUGGUGGCCACGGGCUUCCAAGCAGAGAAGCUCUACGGCUCUGUUUGGCAGUUUUCGCCCACCACGUUGGAUGUGGAGAGGAGCAUCCAUUUCCAUGAGCCUCACCCCAAAGGUAAGAUUCCUUUCGAGGUGGCUAGACGGCAUGGAAGACGGUUGACGAGGGCGUAUGGCUGGUUUGGGGGCAUGUUUGUCUUGAAGCAGAAGUAG